AUGGUUUCCAAAAGAUACUUCGACACCUUUGACGAACAAUCGCUUUCUAUCAAGCUUGGUUUUACUUAUUAUGACGAGAUCAUGUCCGGUCGACAUGCAUUCAACGCACCACAAGCUCCCCCACCCAAACGGAGGUCGCCACCCAAGGAAGUAUCGAAGACCUGGGGCGAGCACGCCCUAUGGGUCGGUAACAUCGCACCAGAGGCAACGGUGAUGAGUCUGAGGGACUACUUCUCAAAAGCUGCUCCUUACCGUGUACUGAGUGUUGCAUACAAUCCUGACGCCAAAUACGCAUUCGUCAACUUUACUUCAGAAGCUAGUCGCGCUGCAGCCAUCACCCAUGCAGCCGUCAAUAUGUUCGAAGGAAAACGUCUUGACUGUAGAAUUCGACAAGGCUCUAUGUCCAGAUCAACAAAGGUUCAUUAUGGCGUGAGUUAUCCAGGCCGUGCUUCGUUCACGGUCUCUUCACAGCAAGGGAAUAGCAUUGAGCAACAAGCACAAGAGCUUCUUCAUUUCCCCGAAGUAUUGCAAGCCGAAUGGGGUGGGGACAAGUAUUUCAUUCUCAAGAGCUUUUCAUUGGAAGCACUUUCACGAAGUAUCGAAACGGGUCAGUGGUAUAUUCCAAAGAGACACUGCACCCGACUCAAUAUAGCAUUCAAGAGUGCACGCAGGGUAUAUUUCGUCUUUUCGGUCAAUGGAUCCGGCUCAUUUGCAGGUGUUGCCCUGAUGAAGUCGGAAACACGCCAAGAGUCUGCCAGACCUAAACAUCAGAACGACAUUCAUAGAACAACAUCGACUGGGAGUGAAGGAUCCAUUCGUCCGUCAUCAGUAUCAGACUCUAGUUCACCAAGCGCAGGGAUGAAAAUUCCAACAGUAAGCUCCGAUAGCUUUGCUGCUGGUACGAUAUGUUAUGAGCCGGAGAGGAGAAGGAUCGUGUGGGAAGCUGUACAAGACUCGGACCAAAACUCGGAAGACGAUGACAGCAGCUCUUUCUCAAGCUCCCCAACCAGAAGCUUCGUCCAGUCACCGUGGCAAACCACAUUUGACUCAAGAGACUCAUUGGGUCGUACUCAAAGCAACACCCCUCCAACACCCCACACUCUUGCAUUCGACUCGGAAUCAAUCAAAGCAUUAUGGAAUGCUGAUGAGUGGCCUGUCCAGUCUAAUCAGGCCCUCUUGUUAUCAAAACUCGAACAAUUUGGCAAUCCGUGCCAAAUCAAAUGGCUUUCGACGAAAGAGAUUCCUUUUGAAGAAGUUAGAGGAAUUAAGAACGCCUGGAAUAGUAACAAGGAAGUUCACGUGGCUAGAAAUGUCACGGCAGUCGAAACGAAUGCCGCUUCAUAUUUACUACAGUCUUGGAACAUUAACACAGACGACGCUACCGAUUGA